AGCUCCCGCUCCUCAAAAGCAUCUGACCUCUUCACCUUCUCCCUCUCAGACACUGUCAACAACAGCAGGGGAUCAUGGACGAAAAACGCUUCCUUCAGCUCGAGAAGCAAGUGACGCAGCAUGGUCACGCCCUACAAACGAUCCAGCCAGGUUUCCCGUCCGGUCCACAGAGCAUUCAUCGUCGUCUCGCGCUCCCGAUUCCUCUAGGAUCAUUGAGCAUUGGUGCGACGACAUGGCUCCUCGGACUUCUGAUCUUGCACGCGCGCGGAACAAAGUCCCCACAGGGCGUCAUCCUCACUGGACUACCCUUUGGCGCCUUCUUCACACUGCUUUGCGGAGUCGGCGAGCUCUUCUCAGGUAACACAUUUGGUUGUGCGCUAUACUUGAAUGUCGGCGCCAUCAUUUUCGGUCUCUGUCUUCCAUUUUUGCCAUGGACAACUGUGACGAGUGCCUUUGGCGCGCUCGAAAAUGGCAAUGCAAAGGCAGCUGUUGAGGACGUCGACGUUGCCACGGGCAUGUAUCUCCUCGUCAUCUGGGGCACGCUCUUCGUCCUGCUCAUCGCUGCCCAGCGGACGGCAAUCAGCGUUGUUUCGGGCCUUCUUACGAUCAAUCUCGUCGCCAUCACACUUGGUAUAGGUCUCAUGACAGGCAGUGAGGCCUGCUUGACUGCCGGCGGUGCUUUUCUUAUCACCGUCUCCUUUAUCCUCUUCUAUAACGCCACUGCGCUCUUACUUCUCGAGGUCGGUCAUCCCUUGGCCCGGUACAUGCCUCUUGGCAGCCUCGCACCCAAGCAGCACGCCCAUUGACGACUGCUAUCCAUGUCGCGCAUCUGACGGAUAU